AACAUUCAUAUAAAAGAAUAAGGUAAUUUGAGAGAAGAAGGGAUAAAAAGAAUGACAAACAAUUUUAUUCUAUGAAUUAAUGGAUGUACAAUGAAAUCAUCACGGUCAUCUACAUACACGUGUGAACACCAAAGCAAAAUGAAUCACAAAAUAAAUCAUCAUCAUAAUCAUGAAGAUCGAUCCCGUCCGUCGAAUCAACAAACACAUGAACGAAAAAGUAUAAAUAGACACAUGAAAACAAAAUAAAACGCUACUCAGAAUUUAAAUCAAACAGAUCCCGUCCGUCCGUCAAUGAAAAGUCAGAUCAAGAUCCACGUGGACGAGUCCUAGAAAACGAUGGCAAAGAAAGCAGCAGAGAGAGCAGUUGCAGCAACAAUGGGUUUGCUGAAGGAAAAUGCUGCCGAGGGAGAAGGUGGAGAAUCGGUUGGUGAAGAGGCGGGACCACUUUCUGGGGAGGUUGGAGUAGGUGCGGGAGGAGAGGCAGAAGAGGCAGGUCCACCGGUUGGUGUUGGAGCUGGAGGGGAGGAAGCUGGAGAAGAGGCGGGUGCUGGAGUGGCUGGAGUGGGAGCAGCUGCAGGUGGUGUUGCUGCUGGAGGAGUUGCAGUUGGUGGAGUUGCAGGUGGUGGUGUUGCUGGUGGCGGUGUUGCCGGUGCUGGAGAUUUUGGGGAUGGGGUUGCGGUUGGAGGCUGUGUUGGUGCAGCAGUUGGGGCUUGUGCAAAACAAGAGGUGGCUAGAAGCCCUAAGAUAAGAAAAACUUGUAGUGCUGCAGAGGAGGCCAUUUUGUGGGUUUAGAAAUGGAAGACUUGUUUGAAAGAGAGAAAA